UAUUACUUUGCAGAUUUUAAUAGUUUUGUUCAUCUUCAUAAAGAAACAUGGAGAGAAAUGUGAACAAUACACACAGGUUCACACGUUAACUAAGAGACCUGUGUGUCUGCUGCUGGGUGUCAAACAUGCAGAAACACGACUGGAGGAGGUCGAUGUGCCGCAUGACGCCCAUAUAUGGCUGCAGCUUCCUGUCAGUGACUCCAGAAACAAGAUGACUUGUGAUAUUUUCUUUUCCUCUGCAGACAUGAUGCCCAACACUCGUCUGGGAAAACGCUCGCCGUUCGGAGCGCUGGUCGGCCCCGAGACCACCAGGCCCGGCGUCAUCAUGGCAACAGGGCCGCAGGGCAUCAGCAGGGUCAGAGGUCACAGCGACCUAAAGGUGAUCUUCCAGUGUGGCGGCGCAGGCGACCCCCAGGCCGUGUCUACGUCCUGCGGCAGGUCCGUCUCCACUUGCAUCAACGUCCCCAGAAGCCGCACUGCGCCACAGGAAGUGGACAUGGACGAGCUAAUGGCCGCCAUGGUGCUGAGCAGCCUGUCCUGCAGCCCGCCGCAGGGCUCCGCCCACAAAGACACGGCAGCUCCUUUGAUGGACGCCGGCGCCAUUGAGCUCUCGGACAGCGGCAGCAGCGGCUACUGGAGCGUCGAUCCCAGAAGCCCCGCCCCUUCCUCGCCAACAGACGAAGCCGGAGGCGGGUCGGCCACGCCCCCCGACGAGGGCUUGGACAUGGAGCUGGACCAGGUUCUGUUUGAAGAACCGGCGCCACGGAAACGCAGGGUGAGCAUGACCAGACGGUGGCGGUCAGACGGCGGUCAGAUGGUCAGAUGGCGGUCAGACGGCGGUCUGACGGUCAGAUGGCGAUCAGAGCACUCCUACCAGGCUCCGCCCCCAAGUCAGGUGGUUUUACCCGCAGCUUCCUGUCGUUUGAUGACCCCGCCCACCACGUGCAGCAGACAGGGAGCGACAUUCCGGGUCCGGUCGGUCAGCGUGGGAGAGCAGUGGCUGCAGCAGCACAGCGCCCCCUGCAGGCGGAUUCGGAGCGAGGCCAAGAAGUGUCGGAAAGUUUACGGCAUCGAGCACCGAGAGCUGUGGUGCACAGCUUGCCGCUGGAAGAAGGCCUGCCAGCGCUUCCUGGACUGAUUCCAGGAGGCAUCAGGAAGGUCCGGUCCAUGUUUUCCGUCAGCCUUUAUAUGAUGAUGUUCUGCAGCUUCCAUGUUUCCUGGCUGCCAGCUGAUGGAGCGGUGAUGAUGAGGUGCAGACCUUCAUCCUGCACGCUCCCAGGCUGCUGGGUCAUCUCAGGUCGGGUCAGGGAGGAGGAUGAAGACGGCCAAAUGUUUUUAAUUUCAGCUGCAGUUUAUUCAGUGAUCCAGCCAAUAGGAACCCAGCACUCAUGAGGAGGCGUGGCCUCCGAGUCCUCCAGGAAGCACCGGACCUCGUCCAAGGUGUUUCUCGUUCGGAGGUAAAAACCCGGUUCCUCAAAUGGACUUUAGGUCCGUUUGUUUUUCUACAUUAUGUAAAUAUUAAUGUUGUAAUAAAGCAGCAAAACCUGAACUG